UCGCGCAGCCCCAGCUCUCCAGCCCUUGGUCCGGAGCGCCUGGCCGGCUUUGGCGCACGGGGCAGCGGGCAGCGGGGCAGCGUUUGCUGGCUGGCCGCUCCGUCCGCUGCUCCUGCCGCCGCCUCCGGGGCCGAGGGGCAAGGAGGGGGCGGCGGCGGCUGCUUCUCUCGCGCUGCCGUUUCCGGCCGGGAUGCUGGAGCAGGCAGGAGGAGGAGGAGGAGGAGCCGUCGGGGAGCCCAGCUGCCCCGGGAGGGCCGGAGGAGAGCGCAGCUCUUCACGCAUGGAGAGGCCGCCGAGGGCCCGGCUCGCCGGCGGGGGAGCGGCUGCGGGGGUCGGCCGGCUGCCCCUCGGGCUGCCGCUGCUGCUGCUGCUCUUAUGGGCCGGCGGGGCCGCUCAGGAGCUGAGUCCGCGCGGGAGGAACGUCUGUCCGGCGGCGGGGUCUUCUGGAUUUGUUUGCUGCCCAGGAUGGAAACAGCAAGAGGAGGAAUGCCCGAUAGCCGUCUGCGAGGGCAACUUCACCUGUACCAACAACGAGGUGUGUCUGCGACCCAACGAAUGUCGCUGUCGCCAUGGCUAUUUUGGAGCCAACUGCGAAACCAAGUGUCCCCGCCUCUUUUGGGGCCCGGAUUGCAAGGAGCUAUGCAACUGCUACCCCAACGGGCAGUGUGAGGACGUGACGGGCCAGUGCACAUGCAACGCCAACCGCUGGGGCCCGCGGUGCGAGAACGUCUGCCUGUGCAAACACGGCAAGUGUGACCAGAAGACGGGCAAGUGUUCCUGCGAGCCGAACUGGUGGGGACCCCAGUGUGCCAGCGCCUGCUACUGCAGCCUCAACUCGCAGUGCGACCAGAAGACGGGCAUCUGCCUCUGCCAGCCGGGCUGGUGGGGGCGCACCUGCAACAACCAAUGUGCCUGCAGCACCUCGCCCUGCGAGCAGUUCACGGGGCGCUGCCAAUGCCGCAGCCGCACCUUUGGUCCCCGUUGUGACCGUUACUGCCAGUGUCACAUGGGGAAGUGCAACCAGGUGGACGGGACCUGCACCUGCGAACCAGGUUACCGGGGCAAGUUCUGCCGCGAGGCCUGUCCGGCCGGCUUCUAUGGACAAGGCUGCAGGCGACGGUGCGGUCAGUGCAAGGAGCUGCAGCCAUGUACAAUUGUGGAUGGCCGUUGCCUGGCUUGCGAAGCCGGUUGGAAUGGAACGAAGUGUGACCAGAUCUGCUCCUCGGGCUUUUACGGAGAGGGCUGUGAGCAGAUCUGUCCCCCCUGUAAGGAUGGCCACACCUGCAAUCAUAUCAACGGGAAAUGUUCCCACUGCAAUCCAGGCUGGAUCGGAGACAGAUGCGAGACCAAAUGCCGUAACGGGACAUACGGCGAGAACUGUGCCUUCGUCUGCAGCAGCUGUUUUAACGGAGAGUGCCACUUUGAGACCGGGAGGUGCCUCUGCCAGGCCGGGUUCCACGGGACGUUCUGCAACCUGACCUGCCCAACUGGCCAUUAUGGUGCAAACUGCGCCGAGCUGUGCAACUGCCAUGAGGAUUCCUGCAACCCCUUCACCGGCAUGUGCCACAUGGAGGCCAAUCAGCGGAUGGGGGUCAUUGGCGCUGGAGUCCUCCUGACCUUCUUGCUCUGCCUUCUCCUUUCGUUGCUGUCCUGCUGUUGCAUUUGCCGCAAGAAGGAUCAGGCCCGGGACAUACGCCAGGACUUGGCUCGUAAAAAAUCUUCCAGGCGCCUUUGCGGACAGUUCAGCCAGAUCAGCUUGAAGCUGCCCCGGAUCCCCCUUCGCCGUCAGAAGUUGCCAAAAGUUGUAGUGGCUCAUCAUGACUUGGAGAACACCCUGAACUGCAGCUUCAUUGAACCUCCUUCUGUGGUCGAUCAGCCAUCACCCUCCUGGUCUUCCAGGGGUUCCUUCUCUUCCUUCGAUACCACAGACGAAGGACCCGUCUACUGCGUGCCCCACGAAGAGAGCGACCACAAGGAGCGCGUCUCGGCCCAGAGCAGCACCCUGGAGAAGGCGCCGCAGCCGCUGCGCAAGGGGCCGGCAGUGGCGGCGGCGGCGGCAGCCGACGAAGCGGAGGCGGGAGAGUACACCGUCCUGAAGGAAAGCCCCCCAGGCCCGGCGGACGGCGGCGAGGCGCCCCUGCUCAAGUCCUCGGACAGCGAGCGCUCCUCCUGCGGCUCGGGCUCGGUCAGCGGCGCGCUCUACGCCCGCAUCGCGCGCCUCUCCAAGCAGUCCCGGGAGGAAGAGGAGGCCCCGGCGGCGGAGCACAGGCCGGCCAAACCCCCGUCCCCGGAGCGGGCCAAGCCGCCCCCGCCGGACCCCUCCACGAAGCCCAAAGUCUCCUGGAUCCACCACAAGUACAACGCGGCCCAGAGCAACUCCCUGCCGGCCGCGGCCGAGCUGCUGUCGGAGCGCCGGCCCGGCCCCUCCAAGCGCAAGCGGAGCCCCGGCGAGGCGGCGCGGGCCAAAGAAAGGGCCCCCAAGCCCCCCCAGGAGCCCGACGCCCAGCCCGGCCCAGCUCAGGCCAGGCAGCGCAGCCGGACCGGACCGGAGCCCGCCGAGAACCUCAACGGCGCCCUGCACUCCGCGCUCAAGAGGAUGGGGCCCCCGGCCGCGGAGAGGCGGCCGGCCGAAGCGCCCCGCAGCCCCGCGCAGCCCAAAGCGCCGCCCGGCUUCUCCUCCGAGGCCGCCACGCUGCUGGCCGCGCAGCUGAAGGAAAAGACCCAGAGCCUCCAGCGGGGCGAGGCGGGGGCGCGGCCCAACGGCAUGAGCCCCCUCCCGGCCCAGCGGGAGAAGCCGGCGCCCCCGCAGAAGGCCAAACAGGCGGCCGCCCCCGCCGGGCAGAAGGCCGGCAAACCGCUGCUGCCCACCUCUGCCCCGCUGCAGAAACUGCUGGCGCCCGAGCCCAAGAGCGGGGAGAAGCAGACCGCCGCCGCCGGCAGCCCCGUAGCGACCCCCGCGCCCGGAGACCCCGCGGUCAAGAAGACGCCCAUCAAGAAGCCGCCGCGCAAGAAGGGCCGGGAGGGGGCCGCCAGCCCCCCGCAGACUGUCCAAUAGGGGAGGGGGAAGCAGGACCUGUCCCGGAGCAAAGAGGCCAGCGGAGACCCCGGCCCAAAGUGGGCCACAGUCUCCUGUCUUUGGAUGGCCUUCCCCUGGGAUGGGUCGAGGGGCUUUCGGGGACCCAGCGCUGGCGCUGGGCUCUGACAGGGAGGGGUGGGGGGGUUUUCUUUAAACUGGCGUUAUAAUUGGAUAGACCUGCUUCUUUCCCUCGACCUCCGGGGAGACCCUCGCAGGCCUGGGGAAGGAUGCCUUGGGGUGGGUUUAGGGCAGGGAGGGGGCUGAGACUGUGCUGCUGGGAGGGAGUCAGCAACAGGCAUCCAGAACUCAGCAGAGAGGCCUUGUCAUGGAGGGGUAGCUGCAUUCACCUCUGGAAAGCCUCUUGCCCCUUAAAGUGGGAGGCAGCCUUCACUUUGUGGGUCCACAAUCCCUGGGAAGCGAGGGCAGACUCUGCAGGAAGAGGGGGGUGCUGUUGGCUGCUGUUGGCUGACCUGUGGGCUACAAUCAGAACAGCCCUGGUUUGGGCCCUUCCCAGCAGCCAGGCUGUGUUCCCCAGGCACCUGAGCUGCCUCUGAUCCAUCUGGAAUAUCUCCUCCUCCUCCUCCUUUUGAGAGCCAGGUGGGGGCAGCAGCGAGGAGGUCUUUGAAGGCCAGCAUGGCUCCAUCUGGUGCUUCCUCAAAUAAAAGGAUGAUAUUUCUAGCUCUG